UGGAGCUGAGCUCUAGCCCUGGGAAGCAGAAUCCACCUGACAGAGCACAGGUCUGAAGUCUGUCCCCUUCUUGAAAUCCAUUGCAGAUCUCACAGAAUUCUUCUUUGAAUUAUUCAAAGAAGGAAAAAAAUAGUUUUACCCGCCAUAAAAAUGAAUAAAUGGAAAAACAGAGCCCCAUUAAUUAAAUGUAGAGUCAUGUUAUUCAUGAAUACUGAAUGUCUGCUGUGUAUCUUGAGAGAGAAAAGAACUGGGUCCCAGCUCUUCAUUCUUGUCUAUCAGCGUCAAAUGGGGACAAGGGGAAGGAACAGGAGGAGGAAGAAAAAUGGAGCUUUGAAAGCUUGCAGAGAGAGCCUGCAAGAACUGAAGGAGACUCAAGACCUGUUCUUGCUUCUGCAAAGCCACCUGGGUCAGCUCCCUGAAAAGGGCAACUUUCAUCAGCUCUUAUGUCAAGACCCCUCUGCUGAGAUGUGCAAAACGGCACCUGCUGAAGCCCAUCUGCCACAUGAGGAACCCAUAGACAACGCUGCUCCCGCUGUGUCCCCUUGGGCUUCCACAGUUCCUCUGACCAAGCCCCCUCUACCUCUGGCCUCCAAGCUUUCACCAUACCUGACCACCCCCUCAGUUCCUGGUCUUUUGCACUCACCUCUGAGUGCCUCUCAGCCAUCAGAGCCUUUUCUACCUCUAGACCAUCGCUCACGCCAACCACUCACACCUUUCUCACCCCCACCACCUGCCUCUGGUUCCUUGGCCUGCCCUCAGCCUCCAACAGCCUUCUCUGCUCCACCACUGAUAGGCUCCUCUUUGACUCUUUCUCAGCAUGACUUGAUGUCACUCCCACUGAGUGCAUCUUUAUAUAACAAGUCUUGGUUGUCUGCUUCUACGCCAACAAUCUCAAGCUUUGACCGGUCAAGCCGUCCCAUUCUGGCCUCCUCCUGGUGGUGGGCGGCUACAAAAGACCUAUUCUUCCCGACCCCAACACACUCUGAAUUCCAGCAAGAGCAUCUUUCCCAUCACUCACGAGAAGCCUCUUUCUGGAGAGGCCCCGUAAACAGGCAGGUGGAAUUUGGUGGCCCCUCUUUCCUCAACUCGGAUGUCCAGAAGCUCCUGGAACUGCAAAUCACAAAGACAGUGGAAUUGAAGAGUUGGAAGGAAAAAGAAAAGGAGGGACCAGACUACCAUCUGAAUUCUUUAGGGAAUGUGUUUAAGUCCCUUCCUGAUGAGCAGGACAGCACAGUCCCUCAACCCUUCUGGAGCACCAAAGACAAACCAGAACAGCAACCCAGCCCUGAGAAGUCCCCAAAUCCUGAGACCUUGGGGGAUCAUUUGGGGCAUAAAUGUAGCCAGUUCUUCUGGGGCCUCCCCUUUCUGCACAGUGAGUCCCUGGUGGCUACUGUCAGGGGUUCUGGCUCUGCAGUAGAGUUUCCCUCUGUUUUCUUCAAUGGAAUCUCUAGUGCCUUACCAAUUCAAAUGCCAGCUGAAGAAUUUUCACUCCUCUCACAGUCCCAGGCCUUGCCACGUUAUGUGGUUCAAUCCCAACUCUUGAUUCCAACCAUGCCACAACCCCAGCCCUCACUUAUAUCUCAAGUCCAUUUCCAGCCCCAACCUCUGGCUCAGAUCCAGACCCAGGUCCAUCUCUCAUCCUCUCUCCCAAUUCUAGUACCUUCUUCUCCUCAGAUUGUUUCCUGUGGAGAAUUGUGGCCCACCUCCCAGAAUGAGUCACAAUCCCUCAUGCCAAUUGCAAUUCAACACCUGGAAUGUCACAUUUUGAAGAAGCAAAAAGAGAGUUGGAGGGCUUUACCCUUCGUGGUCACACGAUCUCAGGAAGCCUUUAGUUCUCUAAGUUCUAACCUUCCCCAGGAGAGCCAGGCCUCCCAGGCCCACAAGUCAGUCUCCAGCCUUCCUGGGGAUUUUCCUGUCAGCCCCGUGCUUUGCAGGCACCUGGAGCAACACCUUCCAAAGAGGUUUGUCCAAUAGCAGGGCAGCCUGCCCCGUAGGAUC